AAGAUCUGUUUGUCCUUGAAAAUGGAGAGUGCACUAAAUUCCAGAAAAAGUUGCUAUGUGAGGUUGUAUAUGACGCGAUUGGCGAUGCAGACGAAGGUGAUAAAGUUCAAAGAGUGGUAAAUGUUUCACGAUUGUUUGAGCAACAUCAUGUUCCAAGUUUGGAGAUAAUUUUCCUCGAAAAAGUGAGUGCUUUCAUCGAGGAAUCAGAAGAAAAGGAACAGAUUAAAGAAUGGGUCGCACAGAAAGCGGCUAAUUUGCAAGGUUUGAUUGUUGCAGGAACAAUUGAGAACGCCUUGUUCAAAGAACUUCAAGCGAAGAUAAAACCUCAUUUGGCGGAUUUCCUGAAGUUGAUUGACUUUAACAACAACAUAAAACUUUUAUUUGAAGGAAACUGGAGGAAACAAGCUUGGAUGAAACUUUUCAACGUGAAAGAACUAUGUCGACUGAGACCUCAAAAUCCGAAUGAAGUCAAAUUUGACUCUUGUUUCCCGUUCAGUACUGAAAUUAUUGACAAAUUGAACUCGAUGUGGAUCGAUUCUCUGGAAAACUAUGCCGAUUCUGAGCUCGAAGAUUGGCAGUUUUUUGUGGAGAGGUUUAACAAUCAGGGAAGGGAACUUGGAAAUGAGUUAACUGAGAUUUCAAGCGAAGAAGAUGCGGUCGAUUCAUUUGUUCACGACUUGAUCUUGAACGAGUUUUGGUCAAUGUGGAACAACAAAUAUGUUCAGGCCGAACAUGUCAAAAUGAUCAAAAAGGCUCUCAAAUCAAUCAUGAAGACUAACUUGCCCGAAUUCGAAAACCCUACGAUAGCUUUUGCUUUUGCGCACUUCAAAAAGCUUUUGCCUUGUCUGUACAACAUAUCCACAGUUCUGAAGUUUUUUGGAUCAUUCAAAAUUGGAGACCCGGAAACCCCUGAGCAGUUCGUUUGCAUGAUAACCCAAACAGCUCUAGAACAAACUAAAACGAUGGCUGAAAAAAUGAAGCCGGCCAAUAUUGAUCUUCAAACGAUUCAAGAGCUAGACCAACAAGUGUCCGUUUUGAAAAUGUGCUCUGGAAUUGAACUCGACGAUGAUAAGUUCAAACUCAAAAAAUUAACAAUGCUUUCAACCUAUAUGUCACAGAUUUCGCACAAUCUUGAUGAUGCAACUGCCAAAAUGGCACGCACAGCUUCCGAUACGCUCUAUAAAGCUGUGAGUUCAAAAACUGCAGAUGAAUCAAUUUUCGGAACCGAUCUUUUUCGAAAUCGAUUGCUCAUGUGCUUGAAUCGAUCCGCGGACACAGUUAUUCAAUAUUGCGUCGAGACAGAAACUGGUCAACGAGACUGCGCAUUUUGCAGAAAACCAGUAACUGCGAAAGGAGCAAUACCUUUCUCACUUCCAUGUACUGGAGGUCACGCAGUGCAUGAGUCAUGCUUGACUGAGAGAAUGGAAAGAAUAACACAAGGCGAAGCGGUGGUCACCUGUGGUUUCUGCCAGCAUAGCCUCGAGUCUCGGUUUUUACAGGCAAAUACCAUGUUUGCGUGUCAAACUGAGCCUCAAAAAUCGAAUUGGAAACAGUUUUGGCUGAAUAUUUCGAAUGCAUUUCUUGGAAUCGUCAAAGAAAACGUAAUCGCUAUUUGCGAUGAAGAUACGCUGAAAAAGUACUUGGAAAUUUGCGUUGUUCCCAAAAGUAGAACCAGCAAAAAAGAUACGCCAUGGAUCACUGAUCAGACCAGACAGAGUCUUCUGACGUUUAUUGCGACAAGUGAAAAGAGUGAAAAUUUGGACGAAAUUCUAAUGGCGAUUAUAAACCAGGACAAAGAGACCGGUGCCAAUGAAAUUGAUCUCGCCCGAACAUACGAUAUGCUUCUGUCAGUUUUCGAUUUCGUUUACCUCAAUGAAAGUCUUCAAGCUACGAAUGAUUCUAUUCGCGAAGAGAUGUCUAGCGUUAAUCAAAUCCGAUUAGUCGCCAAGGUGAAAAUUGAACUAUCAGAGUUUAUCAUCAAAUCAGUUGUACCCAAUGCGGAUAAAGGACCACAAGGACUCACAGACUCAGUUCCUAGGUUGGUUACAGAAUUUUUAAACAAUGCGGGAGAAAGUGCCGAAUGUGUGAAACGAUACUUUAUUCAGUGUUUAUGCCGUGAUCAUAGAAUGGACCUGUACCAGCGCGUAAAGACAUUCCCUCAACUUGCGCCCCUGAUCCCAGAAAUUUUGUUCACUUCACAGAGCCAGGGAUUUUCAGAUAUUUUCCUCAUCUUUGGAGAUGCAUAUCAAAUGCCUUUCAGCGAAGUAUAUACUAGUUUGGUCACCGACGCUAACAAAGGUCUUCGAAGGCUUAGUCAAGUUACGGACGCGCAAAUGAAAAACAUAGUGGCCUACCGCUUAAUCGCAGAAAUAAGGUCGAAAGAAAAUCCACCAGAGAGCUUUGCACAAUUUGAGGAAGCGAUUAUGACAAAUAGAGUAAUACACGGUUUAAGUAGAAGUGUGAUCGAUCGAAAUGAUAGACUCACCCCAAACGUGGACGCUUUGAGACAGUUUCUGUUUUAUUAUCAGACACUUUUGGAGGUCCAAGAAAACUACGGAUUCUUGCAACCGUUCAAGGAUAUCUUCAAUGUACGUGGAAGAGCUGAUGGACUUUACUUGCCGACGUUUCCAGAUAGCGCAAGUAGACGUGUUAGAAUGAUGGGGCAAGCAAUUGGGCAAGGACCAGAGGACCAGCGCACUACUUGGAACCAAUGCCCGAAUGGGCAUCUUUACUUGAUUGGCAAUUGCGGACAAGCUACUACAGGCGGCACCUGCCCAGACUGCCGAGCUACUAUUGGUGGAUUAUCGCAUGCCUUACAUGCCGGUAAUCGAUUGGUGGGAAACCGCGAUGCCAAUAUCAACGUCGCAAACGGUCAGGUAGUCACUGGCUAUGUAGAUAACCACAAUUUGAACGUCUUUGACAGAGCUUUUCUUAAUGAGUUCAAUGGAAAUGUGAUGCAAUUUUUUGUCCACGCCUCCCUAUACAUUUGUAACGGAGACGAAGUAAUGCUGACCAGAUUGCGCACAAAUGUUGAGAAAAUUGCCAGGACUUCUCUCAACAGGAGUGAAGAAGAUGUCUUGAAGUUCCUCUUGACUGUUGUGAUAGUGUCUACGAAAAGUAGCAUACAGGGGUCUUUUGCGAGUGAGGAGCAGCGCGAAGCAUGGGAAUCGAGUUUCAUAAACAUCAUCAACAAUACGCUGCAAAAUUUACCUGAUGUCAUUGCUACUUAUGACGAGGCGUUCAAAAAUGAUUCGAGAAAUGAAUCAAACAACCUUCUUGACGUGUUAUCAGAACGAACAGAUAGAGACACUCGCGAUAAUGUUCUCGCUAACGGAACAUUUUGGCGAAGACUCCCAAAGGUCAGCUUGGCGUGCGUGCGGAACGAACUGAAUGCGAAUGGUGAAAAGUACAAGUUGCUUGAUUGCAUAUUCAAGAACAAAGAGUGGCUGCCAAAACUCCGCCAUAUUCCUGAUUUAUUUGAGUUUUUCAGCAACAUUGUCUCAUACUAUGAUCCGGAUACCUCGGAUAGCGUAGUGACGCUUGAAGAUUUCCUGCAUCAGCGAAAAAUCCAGGAACCAGUUAGAAAACGAAUGAAAGAUGUUUCAAUAAUUUUUUGCAAACUGUGGAAUCUAGAAGUAAGACACUUGCCAACAACCGGAGGCAUCGACUGCUUGUAUAAAGAUAAAUUGAAACCUGACUCUCCUCUGAAGUUCUUUCUGCCGUCUCGUCACGUGAGCGAUUGCUGUGCUCUGGUCACUUUGAAUAUUCUGGUCAGCAAAAACAACGAAUUCAUUGAAGCUUACAGAUCGGCUCUUCACAUUGAAACCCCUGCCAUGGAAUUCAGUAAUGGAGUUGUGAAGGGCGAACACGUCGCGUUGGUUUCCAAUGUCGACCGGGAGUUGCUGUCGUCGAUUGCGAACUUCGCCACCACGGAUGCACGAGCAAAGAGAGUGCACUAUGACCUGAGUGGGAUAGAAGGAACCAUUGGACACCAUUUGUUCAAGUUCAAGCCCCUCAUCAGCAUGAAGGUUAUGAAGCUGAUGACAAAAUCUUCGAGCACAAAAGACGCACUGAACAACGCACGACACUGCAUAUUAGAUGAAACGAAGUUGACAAGAAGUGAGGCUAAGAAGAUUCAAAACAAGUACACAGACAUGCCUGAGGUGUGCAAGAUGUUGCGACAGUUGAUACUCCUGAUGAAGUACAUGGAGAAGGAUAGGAAGGUUGACCCCAAACAGACCAUCGGCGAAUUUCUCAAAAAUAUCAAAAUAGAAGCUAUGCCAGGAAUCAGUGAUAUCAAACUUGAGUCCUGUGUGUUCCUCUGGCAAGCUCUGGCACUUCAGAGAACCAGACUGAUGCUGGAGCAUCAGGACGAAGAACCAUACGCUGGGAUCCAACACCAGUUCAGAGAAACCCUCACUUCGCAGCAGGAAAAGGAACUGGACAAGCUGCCCGCGACGAAGAAAUAUGUGCUGUUGACUUACCUGAAUGAGCUGAUUGUGCUGAAUUUGGACGAACCUGAUCUGAUGAAUCCAAAUUAUCACAUUGUGGAUGACGCUUUAGCGCCCGUGUAUUUCGACGUUGAUCUCAACAAUCUGAAUCUACCAGAAUGGUGUCAAUUCAAAUACGCAGAAGGCAUAAUCAAACAUCUCAUCCAAACAGAAAACUGAAAAUUUCUCUUAUGUUAAUCCCCCCUGAAAAUUUCCGAAUACCCUACAAAAGUUGUAAAUAAAAUAACUUCAAAGAGAGAGAGAGAGAGAGAGAGAGCUCAACAAAACUUUGAUAGAUAUCAUUCCAUAAUUGUAAAUCACUAGACAAAUUUCUUAGUUAGAUGUAUUAUAUUGACGAUGAUUUUCCCAUUUGCUUUUAAUUGAUGCCCAAUUGGAGUUUGGUUAUGCACAGAUGAAAAUUAAU